AUGUCAGUUCCUGUCGGAAUCACCGUUCCCAAACUCCUCCCGAUCACAGGCACAUUCGUUCCCUUCUUCGCUCUGUAUCAAUGCGUCCUCGCCGUCCGAGUGUCUCAACAGCGGAUCGACUCGAAGACCUUCAUCGGUGAGAAAUCGACCGACGCAUCAUCAACCGAAGGAAAAGAUGCGAGUCCGUUGCUCGUCGCGCUGAGGUCACAUGGCAACUUCUGUGAGAAUGUGCCUAUGGCGAUUCUUAUGGGUGCUAUUGUCGAGAUGAAUGGAGGCAACCGAAGAGCCCUCACAGCAGGCUUUGCGGCUUUGCUGUUGGCCCGGAUCGCGCAUGUUGAGCUGGGCCUGAAGGCAGAGAACAAUAUGGGUUUGGGCAGACUGACGGGACAUGUGUUCAGUAUGGGGUUUGUUGCUUCGAUGGCUGGAUAUGCUGCUUGGCUGUCUCCGAUCAGGCCGCCACGGUAUCUUGACGGGCAUGGUCGACCUCACAAGCACGGUAUCGCUGUCGUUGAAGCUCCUCUCUGCACGACCUGCGCCGCGAAUCCGAAGUCACAUGCUGUCAUUGAGAGCAAUGCCAGAGCGGCAGCCAGCCAACCAUAUUGCAAUCGACGCAAGCUCGUUGUGCAUGUAUCUGUCACCCGCCCACUGGACCAUAAUCUCAAGCUCAAGCCGCAAAAUAACAAGCCGCCAUCGGAUCAGGUGUCGCGAAACAACAAGCCAACACCAGUCAAGGUGGCGAGGAGACAGCCCAAAUGGAUGCAGCUUCUACCCUCCAACGUCAAUUCUCACAUUCAUCCACCUCGUCACUCCGUGCUUCAGAGAAGGCUCUCAUUUCCUUACAUCGAGCACACACGUUACUCGACUCCGUUCACGACGCCUCCAGAGUACCCAGAAAUGGCUCGAAAGCCAGAGUACGCUGUCGUGGAUGAACUGUCGAAGUUCUUUGCUUCACGCAAGGGGAAGUACCUGCUCCCCAGCCGGAUUCGUCGACUCACAUAG